AUGAGAACAAGAACUAGUAUCGCCCACAGACCGAUCUUCGUGCUGACAAGUGCCACCAGCAACACCUGCCGCGUCCGCAAGGUCAAAUACGAACCGCAAACUCCUUUCCCAUCACCAUCCAACCCCCGCAAAGCCCUCCAGAACCCGUCCAUAGCACGCUACUUUUUCCACUACAUUGCCGACAUCGCACCGUGGUACGACCUCAGCGAUGCGUUCCUUACCUUUGGCACAAGCCUUCCCGAGGUCGCCCUCGAUAGCCCACUGCCCUUCGCCGCCAUCUUGGCACUGUCCGCGGUCCACACAAGCAGAACGACUGUACCAUCCGCCAGGGCGGCGGCGGAGUUCUACCACGGGCACUGCAUUCGUUUGCUGAUUAACAUGGCAGCGGAGGUGUACAACAAUGAUGAGCGAAAGCAGGGGCUUGCGCUAGCUUCUGUAUGUCUCUUGCGGUCGUAUGAGAUUUUGAGUGAAGAGGUAGACCCAAACAGGCACCUCCAGGGAGCAUAUUCACUGGCAGCCUAUCAUACCCCUCAAACUGACGCCUUUGGGUCUAGCCUUCGAGCAGCAGGCUUCUGGAACUAUCUUCGUGAGGACAUCACCUUUAGCUUGUUCCGCAGAUGCCCGCUCAAGAUAGACCUUGCUCAGGUGCCCCUAGCCCUACCGGCGUCUGGUUCAAGAACCGAUCAGGACUACCUUAGUGCCGUUACUCUCAUUCUCGGCCGCAUCAUCAAUACAUGCUUCAAAGGCUCGGGUUCUGUCACGGAGGAGUCGUGGUCUAGCCUUUCUCAUCUGUUACGUGAAUGGCGUAAAAGUCUACCGUCACGGUUUGAACCCUUUUCCACGGUUGAACGCGGUCUGGGCCUCGCCUUGCCAUCCAUUUGGCUGCUCAGAGAUCAUCAUGCGGCGGCCCUUCACUAUCAGCUUGUCGCCACUACGAUACUCUGUAUCCACGCAAGCCCGCAACAAUUAUCAAGUCUUCAAAACACACAAGACGGCCGAGACGGCCGUCAAGACACAAAAGACGAUAUCAUCGAGCACCUCGCCUUCGAUGUCUGCGGCGUGGCCUUCACCGCCAACACGCCCUCGGUUCAAGUCAAUGCCUUUGGCCCCAUUGCAUUCUGCGCACGAUUCAUCAGAAGAGAAGCCUCGCGACAGGAGCUGAUCCGCCGCCUCUUGGCGUGUAAGCGAACAAUCGGCUGGCCCGUCCAGAGACUCGUCUCGGAGCUGGAGACGGAGUGGAGGAAUCCGCCGCCACCGGAACAAGCAGACAACGAAUGA